CAUUUUGUGUUUCAUUUUUCUGAAUCGUAAAUUUCUUUCAAAUAUUAACAAUAAUUUGAUGUGAAGGAUUUAAUUUAUGCAUCUUUACUGUGGGAAGAUUGUAACAAUUGCCUGUUAUAUUUUUAAUUGAACAUGUGUCAUCACCACUAUCGGCUCUGCCACAAGGCGGCACACGUAAAUUAGGCAUGGCUCCGAAGGCUGCACCCUCAAAGCAGGAGAAGAAAGCGAAAGAUCGGUCUAAGAAGUCAAAGGAUGAUAAAAAUGCUUCGAAAAAAGCACAAAAACCCUCAAAAUCACUUAGUGCUCUGAAGGGUGUUAAAGGCGGAAAGGUUGUUAAGGCUGGAAACAAAAAGUCGGCAGCUGCCCAAAAAGCUCUCAAAGCACAACGUGCUAUAACUCUUGGUACACACACGAAGGGCAAGAAGAAAGUGAUGUAUACCACAAGGUUCAGGCGUCCAAAAACCUACAAACCACCGCGGUGCCCAAAGGACAGACGAUUUUUGAUUCCUAAACGUAACAAACUUGAUGCCUUCCGCAUUAUUCAACAUCCAGUAACAACAGAAGCUGCAAUGAAAAAGAUUGAAGACAAUGACACUUUGGUGUUCAUUGUUGACAGGCGAGCCAACAAGCCAGCUAUCAAAGCUGCUGUUCAAGAACUUUAUAACAUCAAAGUUGCCAAGGUCAAUACGCUUAACUGUCCUGGCAAUAUCAAGAAAGCUUACGUUAAACUUCCUCCAGAUUUUGACGCUUUGGAUGUAGCCAACAGAAUUGGAAUAAUAUAAAUUGUAAAUAUAUAUGUACUGGACUGGCAUAUUGUGUUAUAUGAAAAUUGAUCAUUUCCCCACGUAAGGUGUCAGUGCGGUGGCAAAACUCGAGUACUUUUAUUACAUGUCGCAGCUCUGGGCUUGUCAUCUAUUGUAAAGUUUUCAUCACAAUUUGGAGAACAUGAAAGCAUUCAAUUUGACUUUGUUAUCAUCAUUUUAGAAACGGGAAAUGUUAUGCACGGUAAUGUUGCAUAAAUGCCUUCAGUAUCAUUUGAGCCUGUUUUGCACUUAUUCGUUGCUCACACUAAAUUCAGUAAAGCAGUGGCAAUAAAUUCUAUCCACUUACUGCGUCAUAGAAUUAUGCCCUUAUGCAAGUCUGUGUGGAGUUAGGCAGCGCUUUUCAUUGUUCAAAUAUACAUUGACUUCGUGUCAUGAGGAUCCAUUGCAUCUCGUUAUAUAUGCUGGG